AUGGCGUCGGCGUGGGUCUGUUCUCAGGCGCUGGGACUCAAACUGAAGCCGCUCCAUGGGUGCUCUGUGGCGGGGGACAUUCUGAAGCACUGGGACGGAGAUGUGGCUUCUUCGUUGUUGUCUGAUUUCUACGUUGUGUGUAAUGGCCGAGUUUUGGAACAAGACCAGAGUCUGGACCAUGGACUGGUCUAUCGCCUGGAACCACGGCUGCGAGGAGGCAAAGGAGGUGACAUCAUAGAGUUCCGUAUGGUCCCCUUCCUGACGGAGCUGCGUGCGGUGAUGGACUGGGUCUGGACCGACACCACUCUGUCUCUGUCGAGCUGGAUCUGUGUCGAGGACAUUUACGCCAAUAUCUUUAUCCUCAAGUGUUGGAGGGAGUCAGAGAAGCUCCAUCUCUGCAGAAACACCGCUGGAGGAAUGCCCGGAUUCCGCCCACUUCCCCGCUCUCCACCAAUCACGGCGCAGCAACCGUUUCCAGGCGCCCCCGGAGUCUCAGCGAUUGAAAAACAAACCCAACGAUCACCACCAACUAAACUCCGCGAAUCAAAUCUCAGUCGCCAGAUCGUCGGUUGUUUUCGCUCUCGCCUGGACACUCCAUGUUGUGAGCGCGUCAGGAGCCGCGGCCCGAGAGACGCGUCCAGACCCGGGCCUCGACACCGACACACCGCCCCCAGAGCCCCGCAGCCCCCCGACACUACAAACCCACGCAUCCGUCGGAGAAAACACCGAACCAUCGCGCGCCAUUACGCACGGGUUUGGUUUUUACGCACGGCUUUGGCGCAGGCUGCUGUGGCUCAUGACUCGGUGAAUAUUGAGUGA